AUGGCCUUUCCCACCAAUGAUGCUAGAGUCGUGCUGAGCUUCUUGUGGAAAUAUAUUUUCAGUUGGUUUGGUGUCCCAACGACACUGAUUAGUGAUGGUGGAGGCCACUUCUGCAAUAAAUUGUUAGACUCGCUACUGCAGAGAUAUGGAGUCCAUCAUAAAGUGGAAACCUCCUAUCACCCUCAGACAAGGAGACAGGUUGAAGUCUCCAACAGGGAUAUCAAGAGGAUCCUGGAGAAGACUUUGGUUUAUGAAAAACCCUAUCACUUGCCAGUGGAGUUGGAGCAUAGAGCAUAUUGGGCAACAAAGUUUCUGAACUUUGAUGCCAAAGCUGCAAGAGAGAGGAGGCUGUUCCAACUGAAUGAGCUUGAUGAGUUCAAAAACUCUGCUUAUGAGAAUGCCAAGAUCUACAAGGAAAAUACCAAGAAGUGGCAUGAUAAAAAGAUAGCCACAAGAGUGUUUGAGCCAGGCCAAAAGGUGCUAUUAUUCAAUUCUCGGCUCAAGCUCUUUCCUGGAAAGCUGAAGUUCCAGUAG